CGCUAUCGUUUCGGGCAGACCGACGAUGCAGAACCCGCAGCCACCCUUCUUCAUGUUUACGACAGUAUGGAUGCAGCAGGUGCAGCUAACGUAGUCAAAAUGCCCUCGUUUAGAGCGAUGGAGACUGAGUAUGCGAAACUGGUGCGGUCCAUAAAGUUCCCCUCGGCUGAUUCAUUCGGUGACUCCAAGGCACCGGAGAAAGGGCCGGAAAAUGAAGGUGGAGACGAGGCAGAAGAUCAAGAUAUUUGUUAA